UUGUUUUUUCCGCUUUAUGUCUGAAGAGAUUGAUUUCGGCCAAUCCUAAAGAAAGUAGUAGGAGUUGAUUGACAGAUAGAUAAGAUCUGUUUACUAGAAAUCUCUUCUUUGACCAUUUCGCCAGCUCUUUAAGAAUAAUUCGCUAAUGCUCAUAUAGAAAGAUGUCGAAAAAAUUCUGUUGGAGUUUUCUACCGACUGUUUCGGAUUCAAAACAGGAGCGCGUGGCGCGGAAGAGGAGCCGUGAGAUUGACGUUAUGCUGAAGCGGACCUCACAGUUGCCUGUGGUGCUCUUACUUGCCGGAAAUCGUCACAGCGGGAAAUCCACUUUUAUUAAACAAAUACGCAUUAUUAGCGGACCAGAGUUCAGUCAACAAGAACUGAUUGACUUCAGACAGUCAGUUUACCAAGACGUAAUAGAGGGUUUGCAAGCAUUGGUUAAAGAAAAAAACAAGAUGGGCAUCCCAUGGGAAAAUUCAGCCAAUGAGAUGCACGAGAUGUUGAUGAUGUCUGUUGAAACCUGGAAAAUGAAUUUAGAGCCCCAUAAAUUUCAAGGCUUUGUUACGGCUAUCAACUCUCUGUGGAAUGACUCUGGGAUUCAGGAGGCUUAUAGCAAGACUAAGGAAAUAAUUUUGUUUGUGAGAUAUGGAUCAGUGAAAUACUUCCUUAACAACAUGAAUCGCAUUGGUCAGCUGAACUACAUUCCCUGCAAACAGGACAUUCUUUAUGCACGCAAAUCCUGCACAACUAGCAGUUAUUUUGUGCACCGCAAUAUCUUGAUAACAGAAGGUUGUGCAACACGGAGAUUCGACGGUUGCCACAGCAUCCCCAAAAACAUCCUCUUUAUGGCUGCAGCCAGUGAGUUCGACCAAGUCAUGGAUGAGCCCUACUACACUUCAAAUGGGAGCACCAGCCUGGUUGAGUCCUUGGAAUUCUUUAAGGUCCUCCUCGGCCAUAGUUUAUUACGCAAAUGUACCACCAUCCUCUUCCUCAACAAAACUGACCUGCUGGCAGAGAAAGUACAGACUGCAGAUAUCCGGAAGAAUUUUCCAGAAUUCCAAGGUGACCCGCACAGCCUGGAAGAUGUGCAGAGAUUUCUCGUCGAGUGUUUUAGGGAGAGGAUUACGACAGUGGACGGCAGUCACCCAUUUUUCUAUCACUUUACUACUGCGGUGGACACAGAGAACAUUCGGAUUGCAUUUGACAGCGUUAAAGAAACAAUAAUACAGGAAAACCUUAAAAAUGUCAAGAUCCCGUGAGAACCAGAUGGAGCUGUUGUUUAGCAGUAUAAUAUAGUAUAGUAGUUCACAUACUGUGAUAUUGGACAAUUGCCACUGUUUAUUUGCCUUUUACUUGCAUACUUUGCACAUAUACUGUAUGUGAGCAUCUGCACUUUAAAGACGUACGUGCACACACCACACAUGCUUAUAUAUUUCUAUAUACUGUAAAUAAUAUUUUAAUAGAUGUUUUAUUUUUCACUUGCUGUUUUUCUUUACUGUUUACAUUAUUGUGUCUCACAUCAAGCAUUUUAAUGCACUACUUUAACUUCAUCUUGUGAACAUAACAAAUAACUUGAAACUUUGUCUGGUUGACCAAAUCCCUUACAGCAUUCAAAAACAGCUAUAAUUGUAUCGUUUUAUGAAUACUUCACAAGAAGUUGAAUACCAUCUUAUCCAUUCUUUCUACCUAAACUGUCUUUAAGAACUGUUUAAAGUUUAAAAGAAACAUCUUAAUCCUCAUAAGCCCUAUUUUCCUGUAUAAACGUUUUCAUCGGACGCACGUGAUACACGUCUGGAUCCGAACUUUACUUCCGGUUUCGUUUUUUAAUGGUCUGACUAGUUGCUAAACUGAUAUCUUGAACAAAUGCCUCCUCGAAAAUAACAAAUAUUUUGGUUUCCUAGGUAAUCUAUGUGUUGUUGUUUUUUUGCUUGUUAUAUAAAUAAACAACGUUUAAAGAACUUUGUUGUUGUUUAUUCUUAGCAGAGCUUACUGGAAGUUACGCGCGGACCGCGACAGCCGCUUGUUUAUGUUGUUACUGCUGAAACGGUCUAUACGUUAGAGUUUCCUGGGGGUAAAAAUGACCCCAGAAAUUAAAAGGGUGAUUACAAAAAAUAUAUACAUUUUUAAUGAUACAAAUAAUAUAUAAUUUUUUAGUUUACUUCCCAUCUAUACAAUAAUGCUGUGUUUUGGGAGAUAUGAAGUACUUUUGUACCCAUUUACCACUCAAUUCCUCAACUACACAAUUAGCUUGCCUGAAAAAUAUUAAAUUUUUAUGAAAAAUUCACAUACAUAAUCUAAAUUUGAAAUUGUUUUUAGAUAUUGAUCUAGAUGUUAUGUGUUGAAUUCGACCAUUUGGUGUUUAGAAAAAAAACAGUUUUAUGGUUAGUUUAGGAAAUAAAUCACUUCGACCCGCAGAGGCCCAUAGAGACCCAUUCAUUUUACUGGAUAUGGCCAACUGCUCAACAACAUUAAUACUUUAGUGAAACAUUUUGUGAAUUUAUGUUUAUAUAAACAUUAGAAAGGUCAUUGAAAAUAAAAAUAUUUCAAAUAGUAGAAGUUUUUGUAGUUUUUGAUGCAUUUUGAAAUGUCUGUUUUUACAAAAUCCCACAGAAAUUUGCCUAGUGUAAAUGUCUGUCUGUGUGUGUCUUUGUGUGUGUGUUAAUGUGCGCACGUGCGUGCGUGUUUGUGACUUUGUCUUUUUGUGUGUGUCUGUGUCUUUAUGUGUGUGUAAUUUUACUGUGUCUUUGUGCGUGCGUGUGAGUCUGUGUUUGUGUGUGUGUGUAUACACCUGUGUGAGCAUUUUAC